UUACCUAGUCGGCAGAGAGGGCUUAAGUUGGUUUGCUGUGCCUUCUGUCUCUUUCCCUUCUUUCUGAUAAUGCUUAAGCUCUUAAUCAUCAGAUCAAUAACAACAGGUUCUGUCUGGCUGGCUUUAUCUCAGUGAAAUUUUAAGACAAUGCACCCUCGAGGUUACAUUGCUGAAAUUACAAGCUUAUCUCCAAAAGCUACAGAGAAGGAUGUUUGUAACUUUUUUGCUUACUGCAGUGCAAUUGAGCAUGUUGAAAUUAUCAAGAGAACUGCUUUCUUUACUGAAAACAGAUGUGGGGAAUAUGCAUGUACAGCUUAUGUGACAUUUAAAGAUGCUUAUUCACUGGAAACUGCCGUCUUACUCAGUGGAGCUACAAUUGUUGAUCAGUCUGUGUGCAUAUCGAGGUGGGGUUCGUACAUAGAUGAUGGAUAUCCUUGGGAUGGUUCUUCAUGGAAGACUGAAGAGGAUACUAGCUCAACGGUCACUCAUAUGGAUCAAUUUGUUUCUACUCCUGGAGAAGCCGUGACUAUUGUCAAAACAAUGCUAGCCAAGGGAUUUGUUUUGGGCAAAGAUGCUCUUAUCAAGGCCAAAGAACUUGACGAUUCCUACCGGGUCUCAGCUACUGCAGCAGCCAAGGUUGCUGAGCUUAGCAAUAGAAUUGGCUUAACUGAUAAGAUCAACACUAGCAUGGAAACUGUGAAAUCAGUAGAUGAGAAGUUUCAUGUUUCAGACAUCACCAAAUCUGUUGCAUUAGUUACUGGGACUGCAGCUGUAAUGGCAGCAACUUUUGCUGGGAGAACUGCUGUAGCAGCUGCCAAUGCUGCAGUCAAUAGCAGCUAUUUUGCCAAGGGAGCCCUUUGGGUUUCUGGCAAGUUAAGCCGUGCAGCUCAAGCAGCAGCUGAUCUGGGAAGCCAUGGUAACAAACAAACAGAAACUUAAGUUUCAAAUAACACCCUGUCAGUAGUCUCUCUUCCCAUCCUUUGUUCUUGCAUAAAAUAAUAGUCUUUCUGUUUGAUACCAGUCUAGUACACACAACUGUACAAUGACUUAGAAUCUAGUCCUGCCCCGAUUUUAGCAUGUUAGAUGUGUAAAUGUAGUAUUUAUAAGCGAAGAUUUUGAAUUUUUGUAUCUUUCAAUUUGAUGCAUGACUUCUUGCUUUAACUCUGAAGAGGAAAGGAAAUAUCACAUGUUCACCAUUUGUCUUGAAUCUGGGUUCCUAUGUUUGAUUUUGAAGGUGACCUCAUCUUGUAAUGUGAGGAGUAGAUCUGAUGUUAGAGUCUUCAGUUCGCUGAUGAAAUUGACUCAUGUCGGUUUUCCAGCUUGUUCUGCUCCGCUGAAUGCGUGAUUCUGACCCCAUAUCACAAUGAUUUCAUUUUUUGUCAUUGUCCCAUCUUAAUUCAUGCUGGUAUGUGAAUACAAAUCAUACCCUGUUAUAUCAGGACUCAUUUA